AUGUUGAAUCUUUUAAAUGAACCAAUUAAUAUUGCAACUGAUGGUCAAGUAGCAACAGAAAAAACAUCGAUUGGUAGUGAACUUGCAAAACUUUUAAAAUACAAAUUUAUUGAUACUGGCUUGUUUUAUUGCUAUUUUGCAGCAACAUAUUAUAACCACUAUAUGGAUAAUUUAAGUGAUAAAAUAAUUAAAUCUGAAAUUACUAUUGAUGAUUUAAAAAAAAUUAAUCAACGUAGUGUUAAAGAAUAUUUACAAAUUGGAACUCAUGCAGCAGAAAUAGCAAAGAAUGAUAGUAUUCUUCCUGAUACAGAAAUAAAAAUUGUACUCGAUGCUGAUAUUGAAACUCGAAUAUUUUGUAGAAUGAAUCAGAUAGAAUAUGAAAAUGAUUUUACAUCAAUUUUUGAUGAUUUGAUACAACGUGAUUUUAAGUCAUAUGAUUUAAUUCAACAAGCAUAA